AUGUAUAGAAUAUUUUUGCUUUUCACUUUAUGUUUUGCAAAAGAAGAAUACUGGGAAAAUCUAAAAUUGGAUCGAGUUUCUGAAAAUGAACUAAAAGCUGAAUUUCGAUUCGGAGCAUCUCGAGAAAAUUUGAAAAAUGAGAGGGAUUUCGAAGUUUUUCCAAGGAUUUUGGAUGAAUUGAUUGAAGAAUAUGAUGUCAAAUAUUUGUUGGUUAUUAUGGGACAAGGAAGAUGGAAAGAUGAUAAAUGGGGAAGAAAAACACAACCUGGAGCUGUUCAUGGAGCACAAGUUUAUGCUGAUUUUGAAGCGAAUAGUGAAGAGGGGUAAGGAUUUUGAGAAAAAAGUGUGUUAAAACUGUACCAAAAACUUCUUGCUGUAAUAAUUUUGUGUAUUUUUCAAUCGAUUUCAAAACAAUUUCUCUAUGUACAAUUUUCAGACUUGAUAUUUCUUGUAAAAUUUGAAAUUUAGCAAAAUUUUCUUUUUUCUGAAAAAUAGUUUAUUUUUAAGCGCCGACAAAAAACUACGAUUCCUAAUCGAAGCUCUCAAUGGUAUUCUCUGCACUUCUCUCUCCCAAAUAUCUCUCAUAACUUCUCCUCAACUCGAAAUCUUCAAACGUCCAAAAUAUUCCACUUCUCAACAAAUCUUUAGAAGAUACGGUAUUUUAUCGAGGGAAACCACGUGUACCGAAAAUUUGACAAGAUUACGAAAACUUUUGGCCUGUCGACAAUCAGGAAUAUCGAUUUUACUACAUCCUUCUAAACUUUAUGAUGUUUUGUAUCAUGCAUCGCAUUUGAUUGUCAAGAAAAAUGAGAAAAUAUCAGAAAUGGAAGUUGGAAUCACUGCAGUUUUCAAAAACAAAAAUCCAAUUCAAGGUUCAAAUUGGCUACUUUCAAGUAUUUUUGAGAGCAAACUUUCGAGCUCUUGUGGAAUCGCAACAAAAAGUCAAAUCGAGGCAAAUAAUCAAAUAUAUGAUGUGAAAAACCUUGAGACAUCUUUCGAUAUCGAAAUAACUUCAAAACCUAUUUCAAAUGAAGCUAAACUUGUGAAAGGUUGGACUUCUCAAGGUGGAAGUGAUCAACAAAAUGGAAUUCUUCAUAUUUCUUUGCAAAAUGGUGAUUUGGAUUCGAAACUGGAAGUUUCGCAAAUUCUUCCAUAUUUCGUGCAACCAAGAUACGCAAAAAUAAGUUUUAAAAAUUGUCAAAUUACACGAAAAGCUUUGCAAACAUCGAAAAAUGAAAAGAGUUCUGCAUUACUUCAAUAUGAAAUAAUUAUAAAAUCUGGAGAAAAAUGUGAAAUAACAAUUCCAUUUGAUAAAAAAAUCUUGCGAUUAGAUGAUUAUCCACCAGAUGCAAAUCAUGGAAUGCAUAUUCCGGCAGCUGUUAUUUUCGUGAGCCAAAAAUCCGACAGUUAUACAAUUCAUACAAAUCCAAUUUUGGUUGCUCUACCAGUUCCCGAUUUUUCGAUGCCUUUCAAUGUUAUUUGUUUUGUAGCAACAGCUUUCGCGUUAAUUUUUGGACCAUUACAACUUUAUUCAACUAUGUGGUUAGUUCUAUUUUUCAUAAGCUAAUAUUUUUUUUAAAUUCAUUUUCAGGCUUGCACCAAGUCCUCCGAGGUCAACAUUCUGGCGAAAAAUCAAUCGACUUAUUCUACUUAUUUUAAUCGUUUUAUGCCUUUAUGCUCAUUUUAUGGAAAUUAAUUUGAAUGAAGUUCGAAGAGGAAUCGAACAAUAUUUGGAAAAACUUAACGAACUUCGGUGA